UAAAUAAUUUUAUUUUUACAAAAAAGGCCUUAGAGUAAGAAAUAGGGUGCUAAAAUCUCCCUGAAAAAAUUUGGCAAGAAAACAGAAAGAAUAUUUUGUCGGAAAUUUAAAGCAGCAACUUUUUUUUUUUUUAAUUUUAAAGGGCUUGACGGCAAGAAUAGCCAUAAUUCCUGCAAUUAAAUUCCAUCGAAAGAGUCAGGACUGUAAAUUAUGACAAUCGGAGACGGUCAUUUUUAGUGUUCAAGGUUGGAAAGAAAAAAUAAUUGAUAAGAGUAAACAAGAGAGACAUGUUCUCUCUCUUUUAUGGACUUUGGAAGUACCUAUUUAGUAAGACAGAAUUUCAUGUACUCAUUCUUGGAAUCGACAAGGCUGGGAAAACAACUUUGUUGGAGAAGUUGAAGUCAAUAUACUCAAACUUGGAAGGCCUACCACCUGAUCGAAUUGCUCCAACUGUGGGGCUGAAUAUUGGUCGGGUUGAAGCAUCGAACACAAAACUUGUGUUCUGGGACCUGGGGGGCCAGCCUGGUCUUUGCUCAAUUUGGGAGAAAUACUAUGAAGAGGCACAUGCUGUAAUAUUCGUAAUUGAUGCUGCUUGCCCUUCACGUUUUGAAGAUUCAAAAUUGGCACUUGAGAAAGUUCUUAGGCAUGAGGAUCUGCAGGGAGCCCCUCUCCUGAUAUUAGCAAACAAGCAGGAUCUCUCUGAAGCUGUAUCAGCCGAAAAACUUGCCAGAUAUCUAGAUCUUAAAAAGUUGGAUGAAAGGGUUUACAUGUUAGAGGCUGUUUCUGCUUUUGAUGGGAUGGGGAUUAAAGAAGGUGUGGAGUGGCUGGUGGAGGUAAUGGAGAGAAGCAAGAGAACUGAAACAUUGAGAAUUCGUGCAGGUGUAACCAGUCCUAUUUAGAGCUUAGAAGAAAAGAUACCAAGUUGCAUACCAAGUUGCAGUUGCUUUGAGCUGCUUUUGUAGCUUCUGUACAUAAAUCAGGUUCACAUUCUAUUUUAUAUUGAUUAAAAGUUAAUUUUUUCCUCCCUCUUCCACGUUAUGCUUUUUUAUUGUUUUGAUGAUGUGUGAAAUUCAGAUAAUACUAAUGUCAUGCAAUGUUGCCAUUGAAAUGGCUUCUCAAUUAUCAUUCAUGCUAAUUGUAAAAGAUGCUAUUUUAUAUGAGAAAAGAAUACAAUUUGAAAGGAGUUCUUGUACUGGCCAUCAACAUUCCUACUUGGUAUCCAUGCUUUAAGUGGUUUUGCAUGCAGUAUGAAGUGAAUAAAGAAUUAAGGCUUACAUCCAACAAGAUCAAGGGGCAAAAGACAGCAAUUCAGAACAUGGACAUAAUUUAACUAGACUUAAGAUACAUUUGACAAACCUGACAAUAAGAUAUUUUUUACAACUCUAAACUGCUGUAAUUGUCCAAAGUACCGUCUACG